CAUCUGCGCGCAGGCUCCUUUUGAGCUGUUCCUUGGCCCUGACUCCGAGGCCUUGCGAGCUUCGGAAGACGCGCCGGGUGGUUCGUGGGUUUGGAAGCUCCCGGCGCCCCGCAUUUCUGCGACCUCGGGCGCGUCCUGCUCAAGCCCCCUCAGCCCCGUCCUGGGAGCCUCCUCCUCAAGCACCCUUACCUGGUCCCAGCCGGUCCUCCUGGGAGCCCCCACCUCGCCUCUGCCCUGGGCCCUGUGGCCCCUCCCCCACCCCGGCCUCCAUCCCGGGCCCGGCCCGUCCUCCUCGGAGCCCGCUCCCCGCCUCCGCCCCGGGCCCUCUGGCCCCUCCCCACCCCGGCCCCCAUCCCGGUCCCAGCCUGUCCUCUUCGGAGCCCCCACCCCGUCUCCGCCCACCGCAGGAUGGGCGACAACACCAGCCCCAUCAGCGUGAUUCUGGUGAGCUCGGGCAGCAGGGGCAAUAAACUGCUGUUCAGGUAUCCCUUCCAGAGAAGCCAGGAGCACCCGGCGUCCCAGACAAAUAAGCCUCGUAGCAGAUACGCCGUCAACAACACUGGAGACCAUGCCGACGACCAGGAUGGUGAUUCCAGCGAGCCAUGUCCUCCAACCGAUGAGCGAUUGGUUGCAGGGUUUUCGGAUGUCAUUCUGGCAACAAUUUUGGCAACCAAGUCUGAAAUGUGUGGCCAAAAAUUUGAACUGAAGAUUGAUAACGUGCGGUUUGUUGGGCACCCGACACUGCUGCAGCAUGCUCUGGGGCAGGUCUCAAAAACAGAUCCAUCUCCAAAGAGGGAAGCUCCCACCAUGAUUCUUUUUAAUGUGGUGUUUGCACUGAGGGCCAACGCGGACCCAUCAGUGAUAAACUGCCUGCACAACCUUUCCCGACGCAUCGCCACCGUGCUGCAGCACGAGGAGCGCCGCUGCCAGUAUCUCACAAGAGAGGCCAAGCUGAUCCUGGCGCUGCAGGAUGAGGUGUCCGCGGUAGCUGAUGCAAACGAUGGUCCUCAGUCCCCGUUCCAUCACAUUCUGCCCAAGUGCAAGCUGGCCAGGGACCUUAAGGAAGCUUAUGACAGCCUCUGCACGUCCGGCGUGGUGCGGCUCCACAUCAACAGCUGGCUGGAGGUGGGCUUCUGCCUGCCGCAUAAGAUCCACUACGCUGCUGCGAGCCUCAUCCCCCCCGAGGCCAUCGAGCGGAGCCUGAAAGCCAUCCGCCCCUACCACGCCCUGCUGCUUCUCAGUGAUGAGAAGUCCCUGCUGGGCGAGCUCCCGCUCGACUGCUCCCCGGCCCUGGUGCGCGUGAUCAAGACCACGUCUGCCGUGAAGAACCUACAGCAGCUGGCCCAGGAUGCAGAUCUGGCCUUGCUUCAGGUUUUCCAGCUCGCGGCUCACCUGGUGUACUGGGGCAAGGCCAUCAUCAUCUACCCGCUGUGUGAGAACAACGUCUACAUGCUUUCUCCCAACGCCAGCGUGUGUCUGUACUCUCCACUGGCUGAGCAGUUCUCCCGUCAGUUUCCAGCUCAUGACCUGCCAUCUGUCCUUGCUAAGUUCUCCUUGCCCGUCUCCUUGUCAGAAUUCAGAAACCCCCUCGCCCCCCCGGUACAGGAGACCCAGCUCAUUCAGAUGGUCGUGUGGAUGCUGCAGCACAGGCUCCUUGUCCAGCUGCACACAUACGUGUGCCUGAUGGCCUCGCCCAGUGAGGAUGAGCCCCACCCUCGAGAGGACGAUGUCCCCUUCACCACCAGGGUCAGCGGCCGCAGCCUCAGCACACCCAACGCCCUCAGCUUUGGUUCCCCAACCAGCAGUGACGACAUGACCCUCACAAGCCCCAGCAUGGACAACUCCAGUGCCGAGCUUCUCCCCAGUGGGGACUCCCCGCUGAACAAGAGGAUGACGGAGAACCUGCUGGCCAGCCUGUCGGAGCACGAGCGGGCGGCCAUCCUCAGCGUGCCCGCGGCCCAGAACCCCGAGGACCUCCGCAUGUUUGCUAGGCUCCUGCACUACUUCCGGGGCCGCCACCACCUGGAGGAGAUCAUGUACAAUGAGAACACGCGGCGCUCCCAGCUGCUCAUGCUCUUUGACAAGUUCCGCAGUGUGCUGGUGGUGACCACCCAUGAGGACCCGGUCAUCGCGGUGUUCCAGGCACUGCUCCCUUGAGACCAGACCGAAGACGAGGAGGCGGAGAGAGGGUGCUGCCCGCGGCGGGGCUGCUGGGCUCUCCCCAGCCCUGGGCUUCCCACCCCUACACCGGGCGGAGCCCUCUGGUGCCUGAAGCCGGACUACAGUCCAGCGGCAGCCUUGGGCCUGCUGUACUCCAGGUUCUCGGUCUCGUCUGGUCCUGGAGGCAGCCUCAGUAUCCGAGCUGAGGUGAGGCUUCCAGCUGGAGGGAGCGUGCAGGACUCAUGCCUCAGAGGGAGGCCUGCUGCGUUCGUUCCACACGCAAAUUCGGGCCGUGCGUUUCUGUCAGACCCUCCUCCCAACCCCGUCCUCAUCCCCUGACCCCCUCCACUGCUGCCUUCCCUUGGUCACCCUGGGGGAUACACGGAAACACGUCUGCCCCCACCCCUCCGCCCUUCGGGGGCCAGGAACACCUGAGUGGCCCUGCCCUCACCACAGCCCUUGCGUUAACCGCCGGCAGGCUCAUGACCAAGCUGUCACUCCCUCUCUGACACGUGAUGAUACACAAGGGACUGGGCUGAUCCCCAUCCUCAAGGUGAGUCUGCGCUGGUACACGCUCCCCUCCCUCGUGCAGGCCUGAGGAAUGAUGCGUUCAGCCUCCUGCCCACACACGGCCCCCAGUGUCCCGUCCUGGAGGAAGGAGGACUGUAAGCUUACGCUGGCUACCGAGAGGAGCUCUGGCAGAGAUACAAGCAGUACCCUUUUCCAGACAUAAAGCAUUUAUUUGGUCUUUGAACAAUUAAAAAGCCUUGUCCGA